UAACUUCCUUCUCAUUCGUGAUUGGUGGGGGGGAGGCACCCUUCAUUUUGGGGGAGUAGGUGUGAUGCCUCCACCUUCAGAUCCAGGCUUCCGCCCUGCUAGCUGGGAAACUACACCUGUUGAAUUGUUACAUGCCAUGCGGGCUAGCAAAGACACUGGAGCCCUUGUGGGGAGGGAGCGAGAAUAAAGGGAGACUUAUUUGUAGGUCCAAACCCCUAUAGGUCAUCUUAGACCAGAAGCAGGAUUGGUACUUUGUGAGGUUGCCGGAACAUGGAUGAAAAGUAUAAAAGCUCUGGGUUUAUGGCAGGUGGUGUGAAACUAUUGCAGUAUAGUAAGUAGUAUUUGGGGGUGUUUGUGCUGACUUGGUUGGUUUGUUGUGGAAAUGGGCUGGAAAGAGAUGAAAUAGGUGUGGGUUCAUAGGAAGAUGCCAUAUACCAAGUCAGACCAGUUGUCCAUCUAGCUCCCUGUUGUCUACACUGACUGGCAGCUGCUCCCCAGGGUUUCAGGCAGGGGUAUUCUGCAUGCAAAGCAGAUACUGUACUCUUAUCACUUAGCUGGGAGGGUCAUUCCCCAUUACACCAUAGCCCAGGGGUUAUGGAAACUGCUUAGCGGGUUUUACCUUAUAUAGAUAACCAUCUUUUACUGCCUGCUCUUUCAAACAGCAGCAGUAGUAGCUUACUCCUGUACCAACUUCAUUUUCCUUAUUGUUCUUAUUGUCACCUAGCUGGGGAUUUGAAGCUCAUUUGCUCUCUUUUCUCUGGGUGGAAAUAUCAAAGUGCAGGACUGAACUAGUUUUUUCAGCACUGUGGCUUAGCUCUGGAACAUGUGAAAUGUCAAUUAUCGAGUGCAUCUGAGCACGAGGAAUAUGCCUUUCCUUUUCCUGCUCCCAGCCUGAACAUAUGAAGACUGAUAAUGGCAAUUACUCAAGGUGUGUCAUCAUACAAAGGUCGGCAGGUUAAUUUGUAAAAAAGGAAGUAUCGAGAAGGUCAUUGGGUAUUGGAUAAGGGUGAAUGCUAGGCAGCGCCUUGGAAAAAGAGUAUCCAAGGGACUUUGGGUUUUAUGAUCUGAAGGGUCCUUUAGUGGUUAACUGGGCAUCACCAGUUUUCCACUGUGGGGUGCAUUAGAAAAGACAUCAGGCUUGGUUUUUCAAACUAGAACUCUCAAGGUUCACCAACCGGAACCAGAUGGGAAAUUUCAGGAGGACAUAAACUUAGGUCCCAUUCACCCCAUACAUAUGUGCAUUUUGCUACCACUUUAAACAGUCAUGGCUUUCCCCCAAAGAAUCCUGGGAGCUGUAGUUUGUUAAAGGUGCCGAGAGUUGUUAGGAGACCCAUGUUCUUCUUGCACAGCCAGGGUUCUCAAAGUGAUUUAUCAAUCAAUGCCUCUUUGCAGGGAACCGGGGGAGGGGACUUUAGGAGGGAUCUUCUAACAACUCUUAGCAACAGGGCCCAUAAUUAUUUAUGGGAAGCCAUGACCAUUUAAAGUGGUAUCAUAGUGGUUUAAACGUAGGUGGGCGCAAAUGUGGCCUUAGAACUGACGGAAAGGGUGCAUUUAUCCUGAGUUUUCGGGAGAGACAAAGGUCUGAUACUAUCAUUGGCUGUCUCCCAGGACCUUGGGAUCCCUUCAGCCACCCACAACCCCUCAAAGGAUAGAGUGCUUCACUCCCUUUAAGUUUUUCCUUUUUAACUUGGUUUCUGCUGAACAUUAAAAAGAAAAUCUUAAGGAACAGGAUGCCUCAGAACACAUGCUGAGCCCAGGGAUUUCUUUCCUUGAUCUGAAAACACCAAAGCAGAUAGAGAAGGGAUUAGCACAAGGCCGGGUUAUUGUAGAAGAUCCUUUUUCCCCUCUUUGCUGUUUCAGCUGUUUCUGUUAAGCUGCUGAUUCAAAAACAGUUGCUGAGUCACUACAGACCACCAGAGGUCUUGUAGAUCUCUGUCUGCAUGCUUCUCUGCCCCUCACUGCCUUGGGAUUUUCCAGUGCUAACUUGACAACAGGGUUCAGAAGGAUAACCAUACAGUUGCGUGUUCAGACCCAGAGACCUUCCCCCUAAAUAAUUUCACACUUGACUCAAAUUUUAGUUUUGGCUUUUGGCAGAAUUUAGGCCACAACUUUAUUGAUUACAGAAAGUGAGUGGUUGCAUAGGCUCUGGUUCGACUAGCUCCCUGCACCCUUGCAGGUAGCGCUGACCCAGGGCACCAGCAUAGGUCAGCCAAGGGUGAACACCUGGAAAGCCAGGAACAGACUAUGUCCGCCACCCAGAUCUCCCCCUGGACUCAGGCACAGGCACAACCCCCUCUCAGGGGUUGACCAAACCAAUUGAGUCCCUGGAUUCCUUUAACGGAAUACCCUCCACAUAGGGAUAGCGAGAGCGUUCUCCCAUUCCUAUCACCUGAACCAGUGCCUAUCCGCAACCUUAAAAGUUGUGACGAUUUGCUACAUGGCAGGCAGAACCCAAAAGGCAACAGUCAAUCAGCCAAGUGGGGAAAAUUCCUGCCGUGCCCCUGUCCCAAUGACAGAUGACACACGACGGUAUAGCAAGGUCAAACGCAAAAUCCCUAAAAGUAGGGAGGGGUGGGCGGGUUCCGAAUGCACGCACCGAAAGAGGAAGCUCUAGGUCAUGUGCAUGGGUAUAUAUAAGUCCCUCGAUCCGUUUAGACUGCACCCCAUUGGCCAGAUUGAACCCAACAUCGAGGGACCUACCAAUCGGGUGUUGUGGCUGACCAAUCUUACCCACCCACAACACAGGCGGUCGGUCUCCAGGCCUCACCCUCUUUGAGGGAGGACACAAUUAAUAGUAAUAUAUUUCAUGCCUUGUUUCUGAACUUCUUGGCAGCAUCUAGCUGGUCAUCACCAUGGAAGCCUGAGUGGGGAGGAAAAGUCGUAGCCUGGCACCUAAAAAACUGAUAUGAUGAUGCCACCAGGCAUAUUUCCCUGGGAAGAUCCAUUUGCAUAUUGGGGGGGGGGAAGGCACCCUACAGAAAAGGCCCGUUUCUUGUUUGGUCACCCUCAGGUGAGGUACAUGGAAGAAGGCCUCUGAUGAAGACCACGAGGUCUGGCUUGGUUCAUAUGGGGAGAGAUGGUCCUUGAGGUAUCGUGAGCCACAUAAGACUUUAUAGGUCGAAACCAGCGCUUUGAAUUGAGUCCGGAAACUAUAGUCAGUAGCCAGUGCUGUCUGGCCAGGAUUGAUGUCAUGUGCUCAGACUUUCUAGUCCCAGUUCAUAAUCUGGCUGCUGAAUUCUGCCCAAGUUAUAGUUUCCAAGCUGUCAUCAAAGGAAGCCUCAUGUCUAAGAGACAUGAAACCCCCUGCUUGGCAGGGGGUUGGACUGGAUGGCCCUUGUGGUCUCUUCCAGCUCUAUGAUUCUAUGAUUCUAUAAGGAGAAAGGGAAUGAGGAGGCAAGAGGAAAAACAUGGGACAUUUCAGGGACCAGCGUUUUCAUUCUCUUACCGUAGCUCAGUUGGUUAGAGUGUGGUGCUGGUAAUGCCAAGGUUGCAGGUUCGAUCCCCGUUUGGGACAGCUGCAUAUUCUAUGAUCAUUUCAGGGAAGCAACUCUGAAAUGGGAGACUCCAUAGAGUUCCUGCCAACUCUACAAUUCUAUGAGCCUAGGACACUUCGUCCCAUCUGAGCAGAUGGGGAGGGCCUUGCAGCCUGGAGAAAUAGGCCCAUGAACAGAGGUAGCUGCCCUAUACAGUGUCGGACCAUCUUGCUCAGUAUUGCAUACACUGGCUGGCAGCAGCUCCCAGUGUUUCAGAUUGAUGUCUGAAAGGGAUUAAACCUGGGGCCUUUCUGCAUGCAAAUAACUACAGCCCCUCCCUCAAGAGCAUGCAGUGGUGGGCAUGCUGCCACAUAGGCAGCAUUUUUUCAUAUUGUUAUGAAAAACAAUUUUUCAUAUUACAUUUAUUUAUUUUCAUAUUUCACAUUUCAUAUAUUUCAUAUUGUUAUUUUUAUUUAUUGUUUUAUUUAUUGUUUUAUUUAUUUAUUGUUAUUUUUUCAUAUUGUUGCUUUCCUCAAUUAGAGGCUUAAAAAAAUUAUUUCCUUAUUGUGGGGCAACUACCUUCCCCUAUGUGUAACCUCUUUACUUCACUGUAUCUGAAGAAGUGUGCAUGCACACGAAAGCUCAUACCAAAAUAAAAACUUAGUUGGUCUUUAAGGUGCUACUGAAGGAAUUUUUUUAUUUUACUGUAACCUCUUUGUUAUUUAGACUGGUUCUCUUUCCUUGAAAACUACAGGGUGUGGCAGCUUAUCCUUUUAUUCUUAUUUACUCUGGUUGUUUGAAAGAGCAAGCUGAAAUCCUGUUUGGUUCUUGUGUUUUGUCAGGCCUACAAUGCAAAGAUUUGGCCUCUCUAAAACCAAUGUUGCAGGCGGGGGUGAAACUCUUCCUUUGCUAAAACCUGGCUCUGUGAAGCUGUUCUUGCUGAAAAUCUGGUCGGCAGAGAAAAGAAUGCAUCAUAGCCUUUGGGAAUCUUCAGCUGUAGAUGCAACUUUUGCCUUGUGAUCUGAGCUUACUGUAUAAAAGAACAAAAAAAGACUGGCUGGGUGUGAGACACUAUUUGGAAUGUCUCUAGAGGGUCUGGCUCAGUUAACAUUACAUUACUGUAUUGAGAAAACGAAUCUGAGCGGUUAUUUAAAACUGAUGGUUGCUAGGCUUAGCUAAAACUCUUUCAAUAUGUGGCAAUUAGUUUAAACGACAGUUUCCCAGUGUUUAGAAUCUAAAGGUGAAAUAGUUAUGCAUUGCUUUGUUGUUGUUUAGUCAUUUAGUCGUGUCCGACUCUUCGUGACCCCAUGGACCAUAGCACGCCAGGCACUCCUGUCUUCCACUGCCUCCCGCAGUUUGGUCAAACUCAUGUUUGUAGCUUCAAGAACACUAUCCAACCAUCUCGUCCUCUGUCGUCCCCUUCUCCUAGUGUCCUCCAUCUUUCCCAACAUCAGGGUCUUUUCCAGGGAGUCUUCUCUUCUUAUGAGGUGGCCAAAGUAUUGGAGCCUCAGCUUCACGAUCUGUCCUUACAGUGAGCACACAGGGCUGAUUUCCUUCAGAAUGGAUAGGUUUGAUCUUCUUGCAGUCCAUGGGACUCUCAAGAGUCUCCUCCAGCACCAUAAUUCAAAAGCAUCAAUUCUUCGGCAGUCAGCCUUCUUUAUGGUCCAGCUCUCACUUCCAUACAUCACUACUGGGAAAACCAUAGCUUUAACUAUACGGACCUUUGUAGGCAAGGUGAUGCUUUACUUAUUCAUUCCAUGAUCCCAAAGUUUUCUGCAGGAAUUGCUAUCCAGUUUGAAUGCCCUAAAUCCCUUUUACAGGCAAGUACUAGUAUGGGACAAUUCCUCCCCCCCCCUGCCCCCAGCUCAGUACUAAAAAAAAACCCCAAGGGCUUUUCCAGAUGACCUGUUUGUUGGCAUUCAAACUCAAAGCUUUUAGUCUUUAUUGUCCAGACUUCAUUGAGCAUUCAUUCCAACUUGCUUGUGGAGUGUUUGCAGGUCUUUCCAUUGACAAUUCGUUCAUGCCACAAUUCUCAGUGGAUUUCAACUUUCCAAACCACACAAAGUUCCAUUUUAAAAAAAAAAGUGGUUUGAUUGAACUAGGACAACAAAGCACUUAAAUCCACUUUAAUUGUGCCAAGCUUAAAGUUGCAAUAUGCUCUUGAGUCCCCGGUCCAGAGGUGCCCCAAAUUUAAUCUUUAUGGCUAUUUCUGGAAGAUGGCAGGAAUGUGUAUAUUGACACCUGAAAACAGCCAUUUAUCCUUUUUCUCAGUGGCUAUAACUGCUGUGUGUCCCACAGCUCAUUGAUAUUUGGACUUCCAAGAUCUUCCAUAUAUACACAUGGGUGAUAUACAAUAAUGCUUCUGCAGAUCUAAGAUGCCCCUCCUGCCUUUGCAGCAAUUUAAAUACUUGCAUUGAUGCACUGGGAAGAGGGGGAGAAUAAUUAGGUGUGGAGGAGGGUCAAUCUGUCAAAAUCCUUAAAAAAUAUAUAAAACAAUCAGAGUAGUGCAAGGGAUGGUGUGGGUAUGAAAAGCGACACUUUAUAAAUACGGUAUGCAUUUUAUGGCAGAAUUUGCUGCAAGUUCUUUACAAAAUCCAAAUAGAUGUGAGCUACGAACUCUGAAGUUGGACGCGGGUGGCGCUGUGGUCUAAACCACAGAGCCUAGGGCUUACAUGCAGAUCAGAAGGUUGCCGGCUCGAAUCCCCGUGACUGGGUGAGCUCCUGUUAUUCGGUCCCAGCUCCUGCCCACCUAGCAGUUCAAAAACACAUUAAGUGCAAGUAGAUAAAUAGGUACCGCUCCAGCGGGAAGGUAAACGGUGUUUUCAUGUGCUGCUCUGGUUUCGCUAGAAGCGGCUUAGUCAUGCUGACCACAUGACCUGGAAAAACUGUCUGCGGACAAACGUCGGCUCCCUCGGCCAGUAAAGCGAGAUGAGCGCCGCAACCCCAGAGUCGUUCGCAACUGGACUUAACUGUCAGGGGUCCUUUACCUUUACCUUUUUUACCAACUCUGAAAGAUUUAAGAUUCUGGUAUAUGUAUAUUAUAUGGGCGAAUAUUUGUGAAGACAAGCAUAAAUUAAAAUGAAAUAUUGGUUAGAAACAUCUGCUUGGUUACCAGCUACGCUGAUUUUCAGCGGUGGAAAAUUAGGCCCAUUUGUCUUGGUAGAUGAUGUUUUCAAAAAGACGUAGUGACUUGAGUCUUUUCCAGUGCCUUGCAAUUGGCAUUUAAGAAAUGGAGUACAAUUUUUGCACGGACUAACUUGUAUCUAGCACAUUUCAAAUUAAUCACUUUCAGGGGAUAAACAGCAUGACUGUGGUUCAGCCAGAAAAAUGACUCAUGGGAGUCUGUACCACCCAUCCAACUUUUCCUGUGUCUGACUGGUAUCCUGCGUUACCACCUUACACAGUCCAACAACCACAUCAUAAGCUGAGGUGGGGAAAUGAACCUGGCUUGUCGGUUGUACCAUCUCUGUACUUCCAAUGCAUUAACAAUUUUAGUUUUAAACUGUAGCUGGGGAGAUACAAGCUGGGGAGAUGCGUCUAUAUUGUAUGGCGAGCCAAAUACCAGUAGCCGAACCCAUGCAGGAUUAGCGGUUUAUAUGGUGUGAAAUUGAGUAAAAAUGGCCUGCUUGAAAAAAAAGCAAACCACUUUGCCUAAACAAAUGUGACAAUGUGUUUACAGAAGCAGCAGUAAUGAUGCAUUCUGUAUUUAACUGAUCUAGUAAUAUAAACAACCUCAGAUAUGCAGAUGACACAACCUUGAUGGCGGAAAGUGAGGAGGAAUUAAAGAACCUUUUAAUAAGGGUGAAAGAGGAGAGCGCAAAAUAUGGUCUGAAGCUCAACAUCAAAAAAACCAAGAUCAUGGCCACUGGUCCCAUCACCUCCUGGCAAAUAGAAGGGGAAGAAAUGGAGGCAGUGAGAGAUUUUACUUUCUUGGGUUCCAUGAUCACUGCAGAUGGUGACAGCAGUCACGAAAUUAAAAGACGCCUGCUUCUUGGGAGAAAAGCAAUAACAAACCUAGACAGCGUCUUAAAAAGCAGAGACAUCACCUUGCCGACAAAGGUCUGUAUAGUUAAAGCUAUGGUUUUCCCAGUAGUGAUGUAUGGAAGUGAGAGCUGGACCAUAAAGAAGGCUGAUCGCCGAAGAAUUGAUGCUUUUGAAUUAUGGUGCUGGAGGAGACUCUUGAGAGUCCCAUGGACUGCAAGAAGAUCAAACCUAUCCAUUCUUAAGGAAAUCAGCCCUGAGUGCUCACUGGAAGGACAGAUCCUGAAGCUGAGGCUCCAAUACUUUGGCCACCUUAUGAGAAGAGAAGACUCCCUGGAUAAGACCCUGAUGCUGGGAAAGAGUGAGGGCACAAGGAGAAGGGGACGACAGAGGAUGAGAUGGUUGGACAGUGUUCUUGAAGCUACGAACAUGAGUUUGACCAAACUGCGGGAGGCAGUGGAAGACAGGAGUGCCUGGCGUGCUCUGGUCCAUGGGGUCACAAAGAGUCGGUCACGACUAAACAACAACAACAACAGUAAUAUAAAGCAGAACAAGUUGCUUUUUGUUUCUGUUACCAUCUCUCCCUCUGCCUCCCAUCUCUCUCUCUCUCUCUCACCCCCUCUCCCCCAAAAUGCCUCUACACUCACUAUCUUUAUUCCAGUUUGGGGACUUAUUAAAUAAUAAUAAUGAAAUUUUAAUUAAAUAAUAGAAUGAAACUUUAGAGUGGUUUAAAGUUUCCAUAGAAGGCAACCGCAUGGAUCUAUCCAAGCAGGCUUAAGCAUUUGACUGAAAUAAAGCUGAGUCCCAGAGUAUUGGAAUUUUAAAUACUUCUGCUUGACCUCUGUGGGGCUAAUGCAUUUUCUCCUAUGGGGCUUCCAUGGUUUGCACUUAAGAAUGUACAGACUGGUCACUAAGCAUUCUAGCUAACGCUAACAUGUCCUUGCAUUCAGCUGCUCCUUGCCCUGUGAGCACAGUGGAAUGCAAGAGGCUUAAAUGUGUUUAUCUCUUUUAGAAAGAAAGAAAGGAUUCCUUCUAACAAAAAAAAACCCUGGUUAAACUAGUUUGGUCAGGCUCAUCAAACUUCAGCUUGGUGCACAAACAGAGCAAUCGAUCAAUCAAACCUCCUUUGAUGUCUGUAACCUAAAAGAGUUUGUUUGUUUUUAAAGUUUAAAACCAUGACAGGGACUUAGUAUCUGCUUCAUGCACGAGUUGCGAACCUUUUUGCACGAGUUUCAAAUUUUGAGGAAGUGCUUUGGGCACCUGUCACAAAAUGGCUGUCAUGGAGCUUGUGGGAUAACACAAAAUGGCUGCAGUGGGGAGCAUGGUAGAACGUAACAUGGCUGCCAUGGGGCUGUGGCAUAGCACUGCCUUAGGGAGAGGACAGUCAUUGCUGCUCCCUACACCCUGGACAACCUCACGCUUGCUGUAGGAAGUCAGUUGUUAUUUGCUGGUCCUGACUGUGGAGAUAACACAAUAUUGGUUUUCUCCUGCCCCGCACCCGAAAUACUGUUUCUGUCUACCAAUAGGGGCAAUUCCCCAGUACUAGAAAAAUAUACAUAAUGUGUUCACAGUCAUCCUCGGACACACAUAUUUCACAUAAACACAACCACACAAACCAGCAUACAGGGCCCCACAGAAGGCCUCAGAGGGUGGCUGUGGAGCCCUCAAGUUCCGGGUUGGUAAUCCCUGAUGUGUGAUUAAUGGAUGCCAACUCUCAUAGUUUCAGAAACCAGCAUUUUAGUCCUGGCAUGUAGGCACUAGAUCCAAUUUCCAGAGACGUUUAAACCUGUGCUUUUUAAAGGGUGGAUUUUUUAAAAAACUUGUCCUUCUUUUUACUUCACUGGACCAACGCCAGAGUACGUGGUUUGAAGACUGUGGUCUAAAGUUCCAAUUCAACUCUCUCAUGGUUGAAGAGGAAGGUUAAAAACACCAGAAGCUUGGCUUCAUAAAGGGAAAAGGUGACACAUCCUUAACCACAUGUCCUCCUCUCUCCUUUUUAUGACGCUGUUUUUGCUUUAACAAACAGUCACAUUGAAAAGGAUAGCCUUCAAAACAGGAGAUGUGGUAAUUCCUGCCUAAUUAAGUAUACUGGGCGCUUCAAAAAUAAUAGUUUCCUAACCAAGAGUGGUUCUACUUCACAGUCACUUUAAAUUUGUUUGCGGGGUGGGGUCCUUCUGUAGAGCUCCAUUUUCACCCCUCUGUCCACGUAAAUGGCCUUUGGUGGCUGAAUACCAGAAACAUUUUAUCUGACUUGUUUCAUUUUAUUUCUGUGCUUCCUGCAAAGUUUGCUUUAAUCCUUAACUGCCGCACGCUGAAACUAUUUCUGUAUCCUGCUUUUCAACUAAGUUGCGUUAACACAGCUUUCUUCUC